UCAGAACAAUGGUGGGGAUCUUAAUUCAUCUCUAAGAUCAGAAGUUAGACGAUAUGAGCUGAGUUUUCACAAGAGAAACAAAGAUUUAGUGAUCGAUUCGUACUUGCCUUAUGUUUUAGAAAGAGCAAAGUUGAUGAGAGAAGAGAAUAAGACGAUAAAUCUUCACACAGUUGUUUAUGGAAGAUGGGAUGUGGAAGAGAUCAAACUCAAACACCCAAUGACAUUCAACACACUGGCUAUGGAUUCCGAGCUCAAAAGGGCUGUAAUGGUGGAUCUUCAACACUUUACAAAUGGGGAAGAAUACUACAAAAGAGUAUGCAAAGCUUGGAAACGUGGAUAUCUGCUGUACGGUUCUCCAGGGACAGGCAAAUCAAGCUUGAUAGCAGCGAUGGCUAAUUACUUGAAAUAUGACAUCUAUGACUUGGAUCUCACCGACGUCCAUACUAACUCGGAUCUUCGAUUUUUGUUGCUCACCAUGCCAAGUCGAUCCAUACUCAUCAUCGAGGACAUUGACUGCUCGAUCAAGCUACAAAAUCGAGAAUUGGAGACGGAGUCCGAUGGAAAUCAAGGUGACAAUCAAGUGACACUGUCUGGACUCUUGAAUUUCAUUGAUGGACUUUGGUCAUGCUGCAAUGAAGAACGCAUUAUAAUCUUCACUACGAACCAUAAAGAACGGUUAGACCCGGCAUUGGUGCGACCGGGUCGGAUGGACAUGCAUAUUUGUUUUCAACUUGCCUUCAACUAUUUCGGUAUCGGCAACGAUGGUGUUUUCGAGCAGAUUGAGAGGAUGUUAGAGGAGGUGAAUGUCAGCCCUGCAGAAGUAGCUGGGGAGUUGAUGAAGAAGAACUGGAAUAGAGAGGCUGCCUUUCAAGGCUUACUCCAAUUCCUACAUGAAAAAAGUAAUAAGAACAACAGACAUCUAAAAUGUGAGGAAGAGAUACUCAUCAUACCAGCAAUUGCUGAGUCGCCACAGUUUCCCUCCAAUCAGUCAAAUCGUGGGCGUUGGAGAUCGGGGAGAAGAGGACGUGGUCGCUGCCGUGGUUGA